AUGUCAGAAUACACAACCAAGGCAGUGGCACAGCAAUCACUUGGCACUUGGGAAGAUUUUGUUGACAUUCUCAAAGUAAACUACAGGACCCUCAACCUGGACAAAGAUGCGCAACAGCAUUUGAAGGAGAUCUGCCCAAAGACCUACCCCACGAUGACCAACUUGGGGCACACUGCACUUAUCGGUUACAUUGCUGAACACAGAGACAAGGAUGUACACCAGGCAAUGGUAACACGAGACAGCUUAGGUAUCACUGACCUGACCACAUGGCUGGAGUAUCUUGACCUAUGUCUCCAACUUGAGUCUAAGUUCAGAGCUGACAAAGCAGGACAACAUGGAACAACAACAACAUCAUCAUCAUUGCAGGCACCACGAGCUCAGAAAGACCCUAAUGCAAUGGAUGUGGAUCAUGUGUCUCAACUCACCAAGGAACAGGAAGGCUGGCUGGAAAAGAAGCUCUGUGUACAUUGCGAAAAACACCCCUUCAUAUUCAAGCAACACUGCCCGGACCCCAAUUAUAAAGGCAAAUUCGAAAUGCCAAAGUGGGGCCAGGCAACCAGGGCAAUAUCCACACCAGUGGCAUCAAGCAGUUUCGAUGACAGCAAGGCAAGAGAGGAAGCAGUCUGUGCUUUUCUCACCAACUACAACACAAAGGACAAGGAGGCAGAACUGGAACCAACUGUCAAAACAGCUAGGAUCACGAAGAUGGAAAGCGAUGAGGAUUUUCUUCAGCAGGUUCUCUGA